AUGAGCGACGCGGAGCGCUACGCGAUGGACGACGGAGAGCCAGAGGAGACCUUUGAGGAUGCCGAGAUGGAGGAGGAGCCGGACUAUGGCGACGGCGAACCCGAGUCGGGGUCGCCCGAGGCGUCGUCCGAUGCGUUUCCGUCGGACGAGGAAGACGAGCUGGUGGACGAGAUGGAGGACGCCGCGCCGAUAGAGACGAACCGCCGCACCCGCCGCCCGGCGCUGCGUGUGAAGCUGUCUCGCAAAGGCGCGUCGGACACUACGCCGAACACUACGCCGUCGCGGCGCACGUCGGGACGCAAGACACAACGCACGGCCCGUGCCCGUGGCGAGGACGGCGAGGAGGACGAGUCGGACGAGAUUGACGAGGAGUCGGACCUCGACGAGUCGGCGGGCGAUGCGCCCAUGACGGCGCGCCAAAUGGCCCGCGCCAACAGGGAGCGUGGGAUUACGAACGAGGACCUCGUCGAGCUGCCGAUGGACGGGACCAAGCGCCAAAAGCUUACCGAUACCGAGCUCGCCCUGCGCCGCUCCGAGACGGCACGCCGCCGGCGGAAUCAGAGCGAAAAGAAGCUCGAGGACGACAAGAUCGAGACCAUCAAUCGCCUGCUGAAGAAGCAAGCGGGCAAGGUGCGCGGCAAGGACAAGGGCGAGGACGCCGCGGAGCCUGCCAAUACCCCCGGCGAGCGCCGCGAGAGCGGACCAAAGCCCAUGUUUCGCUACAUUUCGCGCGCCGAGGGCGCCAUGCUCGCCGUCCCUCUGCCGCAGGAAGGCGAGCAGGGGCGCGGGCGCUACGACGAGGCCAUGCGCACGGCCUUUGGCCAGACACACGAGGCGUGGACCGCUGCGAGAUAG